UUAAUUUUCUCUUUCAGCUUAUGAGGACUAGAUGCUGUUGUCAGUGCUGCCUCGCAUUAUAAACUGGUAUUCUAUAGUUACCUGGAAUCUAUUAGUAGCUGAGGUUCAGUAUAUUACCUUAGUAUAAAAUAAAUAUCAUGUCUACUCCAGCCUCAGUCAUCUCGUCUGUUGACCUGGCCACCAGGUUCGGUACACCAGACUACAUAGUGUUUGCAGGGAUGUUAACUGUAUCAGCCGCCAUCGGGAUCUACUACGCCUGUAGUGGGAGUAAACAAAGCACCACCAAGGAAUUCUUGAUGGGUGAUCGGUCCAUGAGUGUAUUUCCCGUGUCAAUAUCGGUGUUGGCCAGCUUUAUGUCAGCCAUCACAUUGCUGGGGACCCCUGCAGAAGUCUAUCAGUACGGUACGCAGUUCUGGAUGAUCUGUCUGUGUUUCUUCAUUACAAUGCCGCUGGCGGCUUACUGUUAUCUGCCUGUUUUCUACAAUUUAGGAGUGACAAGUGUCUAUGAGUAUUUAGAGAAACGUUUCUCUCUGACUGUCAGGAUUAUAGGCUCUGUGAUUUUCGUAGUUGAAACGAUGAUGUACUUGGCUCUUGUACUUUACGCUCCAUCUUUAGCCCUCUUUCAAGUUAGUGGUUUAUCUACUUACUCUAUAUCAAGGAAACAAAAAACGAUAUGGAUCAACCUUCUUGGCGGGUUUAUUAUUAUAACAGCUACAUGCUUUGCCGGACUUAUUAUUUACAGUAGAUAUCACGAAUGUGACCCCAUCACCGCUGGACUUGUCAAUGCCCCGGAUCAGUUACUUCCGUUAUUCAUGAUGGAUGUUUUAGGAUAUUUACCAGGCCUACCUGGACUUUUUGUUUCUGGUGUAUUCAGUGCUGCCCUCAGCACUCUUUCCUCCGCAAUCAACUCCCUGGCUGCAGUAACAUUAGAAGACAUCAUAAAGACCUGUAUUAAAAAAGACGUGUCAGAGCUGUGGGCUAUAAGGAUAACUAAAGGCUUAGCUCUUCUGUAUGGUGUAAUUACAAUCUUACUAGUAGCUGUAGUUCAACUGCUAGGAGACAUAUUACAGGCAGCAUGGAGCUUCAACGGAAUACUUGGAGGUCCUCUUCUUGGCUUGUUUACUUUAGGAAUGUUUUGUCCAUGGGCCAACUCAAAGGGAGCAGUUUCUGGAUUGUUGUGUGGUUUAGCUUUAUCAUCUUGGAUAGGACUUGGAUCCUUCGUUUAUAAGCCUGACGCUCCAAAGUCUCCAGUUUCUAUUGGUGGUUGCCUUACUAAUGUUACUCUGUCUCCUACCUACGACCCUAGACACAAUGAAAACAUUCUAGUCAUCUAUCGACUGUCGUACGUAUGGUUCACCAUCAUAAGUAUCUUCUUUGUGCUGUUCUCGGGGAUUAUUAUUAGCUUACUAACAGGAAAAAGUGACCCUGGGUGUAUGGAUCCAAAGUUGAUAACUCCAGUGUUUGAUACGUUUUGCCGAUGGCUUCCUCCUUCAGUAUUAAGCAAACUAGGCCUACCUGUUGGGCAUAAGAUGUCUAAUGUUGGAUGA